AUGCAAUACACUUUGAUCUUUUGCAUUUUCCUUCUUGCUGUUGGCUCCUACGCCCAAAUAACACAAGCUGGAAAAGAUGCCAUCGUCAGUGCACACAACACUCUUCGCUCGAAAAUUGCGAAAGGGACGUACAACGCUCGUGGAGACAUCCGACGUGCUGCAAUCAACAUGAAGAGUGUGGGAUGGAAUGAUGACUAUGCUAUUGAUGCUUACCGAUCCAUUGCUCAGUGUCCUGCAAACAUUGCAAGACCAACAAACGGACGUGGAGCUAAUAUUAAAGUGGUCGAUGUGUCCGGAACUCAAGUUGCCGAUGACUACGCUAAACAAGCCAUAGCAGAAUGGGAAAAUCAAUUCCAAGAAAAAGGAUGGCCGGAGAAUAAUACCGUAACCGCCAAUCUAGCUACCAUAGGACUUGCCGAAGCUACUCAAAUGGCCUACUGGCACGCUGGAUCAAUUGGUUGUGCCUCUCAAAAAUGUGGAUCAAAAGUUGCUACUGUUUGUCAUUACAGUGCAAAGCCGACUGAGGGACAACAAAUCUACACCAUGGGACCAACUUGCUCAAGAUGCCCAGAUUUCUACGUAUGUAAUCAAGCCACCGGACUUUGCAAUUAUCAAAACACUGGAUAA